AUGGCAGAGUCCGGGCCCUUCCCGCUGAUGGUCGAGGGGUCUUGGGGCCUAGACCCCCCGAAGACCUUAAUCAACAAGUUGCAAAUGUACUUCCAGAGCCGAAAGAAGUCGGGCGGAGGGGAGUGCGAGGUCGUCCCACAGCCCGGGAACCCGGCAAGCUUCCUGGUGCUCUUUUCCCCGGAGGACGUUCGGCAGAAUGUUCUGAAGAAAGAGAAUCAUGAGUUAGUGUGGCCAGGAAAAGGGACAUUCAAGUUAACUGUCCGGUUGCCCGAAGACCCAGAUGAAGCCUCAGUCUCUAAGGAAGCAGUUCCAGAAAAGGAAUCCGAGACAAAAAAAGAAGCUACAGAAAAUGUUUCCUCAGAUGAUAUGGAUACAGCACAUUCUCCCAGCAACAGAACAGAAGAUGUCCCCAAAGAAAGUGAAACUGUUCCCUCCAUGGUGGCAUUUGAAAACCUGCCUGAGAAAGUGACUGACAUAGUGCUGACCAUCCUGGUGGAGAAUAUAAGCGGCCUCCCCAGUGAUGACUUUAAGGUGGAAGUGAUCCGAGAUUUUGGCGUUGCCGUGGUUACCUUUCAGAAGCCUAUAGAUACCAAAAAAUUUAUUGUUGAUUGUAUCAGUCACCAUUCGAACCGACAGCUGCAGCUUGCCCCGAGACUUCUGGAAACAACAAAUGUAGUUAGGGUGGAAAACCUGCCUCCUUGGGUAGAAGACUACCAGCUACAGCUCUACUUUGAAAACCCUUUCAAUGGGGGUGGAAGAGUCACCCAGGUUGAGUGUUUCCCAGAAGAGAGCUCGGCACUGGUUGAGUUUUCAGACACCAAAGUGUUAGACACCAUUCUGGCCAAGAAGCACAGUUUCAACAGGAUGCCACUGUCUGUCUUCCCCUAUUAUCCUUCUCUGGGCACAGCCUUGUAUGGCGAGGAGAAGCCACUGGUCAAGCUUCCAGCAUCUUUCCAAGAGUCACUGGACCUUCCUUUGUGGAAGUUCUUUCAAAGAAAUAACCAUCUGAUUGAGGAGAUAAAUGACAAAAUGAGACUCUGUCACUGUGAGCUAACAUGGUCUGACAUCAACGGCACAGUGACCGUCAGACCUGCUGCCACCUUAGUCAGUCACAGACCAAGCAUCAAGACCUGGCAGAGAGACGCCUCCGAGGUGCUGUCUGACAUCAAGGCUAAGUACGAAGUUAAGGUGUUUGAAGUGUAUCCGCCAGUGUGGGACAUCCUACAGCAUGAGGUAGGAGAAGACAGGGUUCUCAUUGAGUUUGAUAAGGAGAGUCUCACCUUAGCCGGAAAAUCAGAAGAUGUCCAAGACAUCGGCCAGAAAAUCAAGGAGUUAAUAGACAGCACCACGGAGAAAGUCCGAAAGGAGGAGCAGAGUCUGAAGGAGAACGUGGCCAUUUCUCCGGGGAAACAUUUUCUUUUGCAUCAGAGUGGUUUCCUGGAGGAUCUGAGGAAAGAGAAUCCAGAAAUGGAGAUUCAUUACGAUGCUGCCACUCAGCACCUGUGCUUUAAGGGAUUCCGUGCAGAUGUGUAUAAAGUAAAGUGUGACAUCCAGGAAAAGGUGUAUUCCAUGCCUCAGAAAGAUGUCCCGAUUCCUUCUGAAGUCUUCAUGUUUCUGCAGCAAGUAGACAGUCAGGAAUUCUCCAAGACUCUUUUUGACGCACAGAAAAAUCUUGCCACGUAUGAGCUGAAGAGUACAGCUCUUCUUUUGAUGGCCUGUUCUUUCAGAGCCCUGGCAGAAGCAGAGAAAAGCAUACUUGAUACCUUGAGUUAUAAAAUCAUUGAAGUUGAAGACAAGGAAGUUUUUAGAGGCAAUGUGUGGAAAAGGAAAAUUCACCUUCUGCAAAAAAGACACCUCUCCACUGCAAGCAUUAUGAUAAAGAAUGAAUUAACUUCAGGAACCCCAGCGGAGGUCAUCAUUGCAGGCUGUGUGAAAGAAGUAAAUGAAAUCCAUGGCCAACUUUUUGAGUUCUUGGAAAACAUCAUGAAAAUUGAAAGACUGGUAGAAAUAGAACCACUGUUGAUUAUCGAGUAUUUAAGGGCAGAUAAGAAUCUGUUCUGGCCAAAGAUAAAAAAGGCUUAUGUGCAGGCACGUUUUAAGCUGGAAGAUGAACCAAAAGGCAUUUUACUAACUGGCUUCAAGAGUAAAGUUCUAGAAUGCAUGAACAUGGUCAAACAAAUCCGGGAUUCAGUCUGCAUUAAAAGGUUCCAGAUUGAUAAGCCUGGUGCUAGGCACUUCUUCCAGGACAAAGCAUCCUAUUACAAAAGCGAGAUCAAACGCCUGUAUGGAUGCAUCAUUGAGCUCCAGGAGGCAGCAGAGAAGGACAAAGGCAGCCUUAAAGAGCAGAAGUGCCUCUUACAGAAGAACAUAGCCCCAGGAGUCACGCUGAUUGUACAGCAGGGAGACCUGGCUCAAUUCCCUGCCGAUGUGGUCGUGAAUGCGGCAAACGAGAAUCUGAAACACAUUGAUGGUCUGGCCCUCGCUCUUUCAAAUGCAGCUGGCCCUGAACUUCAAGCAGAAUGUGACAAAAUAGUGAGAAAUGGUGGUGUGGUCAAAACUGGCAACGCCGUAAUCUCAAAACCAGGCAAGCUCCCUUGCCAUCAUGUCAUCCACGCAGUAGGGCCUCGGUGGGACGGAAAUAAGGCCCAGGAGUGCGUUAGCCUAUUAAAGAGAGCUGUGGAACGAAGUCUCACCUUAGCUGAGGAGGUCAAGUGUCAAUCCAUAGCCAUGCCAGCUAUCAGCUCUGGAAUCUUUGGCUUUCCCUUAGACCAGUGUGUGGCCACCAUUGUUUCAGCCAUCAAAGACAACUUCCAACGCCAGCCAGACAGGCGCACCUUGAAAAAGAUUUAUCUGGUGGACAUAUCUGCAAAGGUUGCAGGGGCCUUUGCUGAAGCUGUAGAAACUACAUAUAAAGCCUCCCUCUCCCCAACAGCUUCCCAGCCCAGUUUAUCCGCGUUAGAAUUAGUGCCACCUGGGGAAACACCACAGAAACAACAGACACAGGACUGUGUGCUGGUGUCCCCAGAAGGCCUGAAAAUCCGGCUGGUGGAAGAAGGUGUGCAGAAUGCCAAGACUGAUGUCAUUGUCACCUCCAUUCCCUCGGAUCUUGCACUCAACAAAGGACCACUGUCUAAGGCCUUACUGGAAAAGGCCGGGCCAGAACUCCAGAAGGAACUGAAUGAAGCAGGACAAGGGGUCUCUGUCAAGGAAGGCACAAUCCUACAAACCAGUGGCUGUAACCUGAACUGCCACCACGUAUUUCACGUAGUCGUUCCACAGUGGAAAGUCAACAACAGUGCAUGGUCACUGAAGAUCAUGAAAAACAUCAUCAGAGACUGUCUAGGAACCGCCGAGGCAUUAUCUCUGCAAUCAAUUGGAUUUCCAGCAAUAGGAACAGGAAAUCUGGGGUUUCCUAAACCCGAAUUUGCUAAAUUGAUAAUUUCAGAAGUGCUCAAAUUUAGUAGCAAGAACCAACUGAAAACUUUACAGGAAGUUCAGUUUCUGCUGCACCCGAAAGACGUGGAAAACAUUCAGGCAUUUUCAGAUGAAUUUGACAAAAGGAGUCAUGGAAAUCCAAGUGACACCCAAGGUUUUUAUGGGAGUCUCUCCAGCCCUACGUUAGGAGUGCAUGAAAUGAAUAUUGGCCCGAUCGUCUUCCAAGUGGCCACCGGGGACAUCACCAAAGAAGUGGCAGAUGUGAUUGUAAAUUCAACAUCAAACACAUUUAAUCUCAAAUCAGGAGUCUCCAAAGCAAUUUUGGAAGGUGCAGGACCAAGUGUGGAGAACGAAUGUUCUGUCUUGGCUCAACAGAACAGUGAGUACAUAGUUACUGAAGGUGGAUCACUGAGAUGCAAGAAUAUUAUUCACGUUGUUGGUGGGAAUGACGUGAAGAGAUCAGUUUCCUGUGUUUUGGAAGAAUGUGAACAACGGAACCACUCAUCCAUUUGCCUACCAGCCAUUGGCACAGGAAGUGCUCAACAGGACCCAGAUGCCAUUGCUAAAGCUAUAAUGGAUGCCAUUGAAGAAUUUAUCCAGAAAACAUCAGUGCGGGCUGUGAAGAAAGUCAAAGUUGUUAUCUUCCAGCCUCAUAUCCUGAGUGUUUUUUAUGACAACAUGAAAGACAGGGAAGGCUCCCCGGCUCCUCCCCAGCCGUCUCUACUGUCUAAGAUCACCUCCUUUUUUGGCUUUUCAAAGCACACUCCCCACAAACAGAAGACCCUGUUUUUAGAGAAGAAAAUAGACCAGACAGUUUUCCAGGUAUGUGGCCAAGAUGAAGACAGUGUGGAACGCACGAUCUCCUGGAUACAAAAUCUGAUCACCCAAGAGCAGCUACCCUAUCGCAGUGACGAUGAGUGUGUCAGAGACUUUGGAGAGAAGGAGUACAAGAAGCUGAAUGAGCUGCAGGAGAGGCUGAAUAUCGUCAUUGAGCUGGACCAGAAGACACCUGUGAUUAAAGUUGCAGGAAUUAGCAGAGAUGUGAUAGAAGCCAGAGAUGAGAUUGAAAACCUGAUCAAGAGCAUCCGAUUGGCUAAAGAGAAGGAAAGCCAGGCAGACUAUUUCCUCACAUUCGUGGAAUGGCGAUAUAUUGACAACAAUGUCACACACUGUUUCGACAAAAUAACUAACAUGCAGUUGGAGAAAGCACGGCAGGCAAAGCACAAGAGCACUGUUGUCAAAAUUAAUAAUCAGGACUUCACAGUGAACUUUAGGACAAACAUGGCUACAGGCCCUCAAGGACAGAGUGUCACAGUUCAGCGUAUCUUAAAAGAUGAAGCUGAAAUCCCUUCAAAUUGGAGCAACAUGAGGCAGAAGAAAUUGCUUGUGGUCAGUCUGCAAACCAAUGAUCCUGAGUAUAUCAUGGUGGCAAACCAGUUCCGCCGGACCUGCCAAAACUUCGUCAUAGAGAAGAUCGAAAGGAUCCAGAAUCCAGCUCUCUGGAAGAGGUACCAGGCAAACAAAAAAAUUAUGGAUGAAAAGAAUGGCCAUGAAAGAAAUGAGAAACAACUCUUCCAUGGGACGGAGGCUAGCUCUAUUCUACACCUCAACAGCCAUGGAUUUAACCGCAGCUAUGCUGGGAAGAACGCCACAUACUAUGGGAAGGGAACCUAUUUUGCUGUCGAUGCUUCCUAUUCAGCUCAUGAUACAUAUUCCAGACCAGAUGCCAAUGGGAAGAAGCAUAUGUAUUACGUGCGGGUUCUCACUGGGAACUACACAACUGGAAACUCGUCACUGAUUGUGCCUCCUCCAAGGGACCCUCAAAAUCCUACUGACUUGUACGACACUGUCACAAAUGAUGAUAAAAAUCCAUGCAUAUUUGUAGUGUUUUAUGACAAUCAAGCAUACCCAGAGUAUCUCAUCACCUUUAGGUUGUGACACUUCAGGGCACCUUCAUGCAUCUGCUGCAAGACAAAUUUUAACUGUCUUCCUCUUUAUGCUUGCUCUUUCUUUGCUGUGGAUGUUUCCUCUGCUGCUUCUCCAUGGUGGAAAUGAAUCCACUUGAGAGCCAAUCAAAUUGAGAAUUUAAAUCAGGUAACAGCUGAAGCCAUGCUGUCUCAAAUGAGACAGUAACAAGCCACACAGUUCCGGCUACCACCAGUGGAAUCCUGUCAGAGAGGCAGUGUGCCGUGGGGACACACAGUGUCACUGAGCCAGUAAUGCUGCCAACUGAACAGAUGCAGAGCAGAGACCCUCUUCCUUCACUACCAGCCCUGUGCCAUGUGGGCUGCACAGCUACCAGACCUGGCUAACGUUGUUCUUCUAAUUUUCUCCUGCCAAUUUCAGACUCAGUGCCAUUUAUUGAGUGCCUAGGCUUUGCCAGGUAGAGUGACAGAUGCGGUCACAAACAUGACCUUGUUCCCAUGAAUAGUGCUUUGGGAAGAGUUUUUCAGGGCUUAAGCAAAUAUGUUCAGAGUACUUCAAGUGGAGCAAGGGUCACCAUUGCUACCACAACAACACAGAGGCCUUGGAACCUCUGCUGCUGUUUCUAAGUGGGCUGGCACAGACUGUGGCUUAGGAGGGGCUGGCUUCCUCUGCACCUGCAUCUGAACUCAGUACCAACAGCCCUCUAGGAAAUGGAAUAAAAAUGAGAGGUUGAUUUCAUCUGCUUUUGUCCUCCAGUGGUUUAGUUAACUCAGGGUAAGGCUGAAUAGCCAGAUGUUACACUGUGGAAUAAAGACCCAACCAACAAAUGUUACAGUCACCUUCAGCCUUUCCUCACU